CUGCCUUUUGGCGUCUUUGGCGCUGUUGAAUGGAGAAAGCUUUAUUGUUCCCUUCGGGCAGGAGUGUUCGUGUCCUCUAUGGCGCUGUCAAUAAAGAACUGCAGUUUGAAUCGGUACUGAACAGAGGUUUCUCUACCUUUCUUUUACCUUCUGGAGAUGCUACAAUUUAACGUCACUGUAGAAUCCACAAACCCAAACCUGAGCUGCGUCCUCACUCCUUCAGAGAAAGGGCUGAUCCUCUCUAGGUGGAGUCUGGAGGGAGAGAGGAAGGAGUUGAGGCUGGAGCAACACCAUGGAUCUCCCCAACUACAGCCAGCAGCUGCUGCUGCAGCUUUACGCCCUGUGCAAGGAGCAGCGGUUCUGUGAUUGCACUAUUUCCAUUGGCAACAUCUACUUCAGGGCCCAUAAGCUCGUCCUGGCAGCAGCCAGCCUCCUGUUUAAAACCUUGCUGGAUAACACAGAUGCCAUCUCCAUCGAUGCAUCAGUGGUGAGCCCCGAGGAGUUUGCCCUCUUGCUAGAAAUGACAUACACUGGCAAGCUCCCCGUGGGCAAGCACAACUUCUCCAAGAUCAUCUCCUUAGCAGAUAGCUUGCAGAUGUUUGAUGUGGCUGUUGGUUGUAAAAAUCUUCUGACCAACCUUGUAAACUGCUCUGUCCAGGGGCAGGUGGUAAGGGAUAUCUCAGUGCUGUCUUCAGAGGCAGGUGGCAAGGACUCAGAGAAGCCUCAAGUAGAAGUCAUUUCUUCUGAAGGUCCUGGGGAGCCCUCUUCAUCCCUGGAAGUUUCUACCGUGCCAGCAGGCCCUGAGAAAGCCAAGACCCAGGAAGUAACUCACGUGGCUACCCAAGAGAUAAAUUCAGAUCCUCCCGUUGUUCAGGUGGCUACAGAGAUCACAGGGGUGACUCCUCACACAGCCGAAGUUUGUUCCCCUUCUGUUGGACAGCUCCCAAGUCAGGCAGAGGAAACCACCAACACACAAGCAGAGUGUGAGAGGAAGCAGGAGCAGCUGAAUUUCCUGCUAGAACAGGAAAGUGUCUUCUCAAAUGCAGUCUUGCUCACCCAGGACACACUGAAAAGACUGGAAGGAUGCUCAGAAAUUAAAGGCCCUCAGAAGGAGAUCAUAAUAGAAUGUCUCAAGGAUGACGGAGGAGGCUCAGCAUUCCAGAGAAUCCUGGGCAAAGUGCAUGAUGGGAGCCUGGAUGUGCAGGUGGUCUUGUCUCUGAUGAGACUGUACCAGGAGUCCACACCUGCAGAGAAGGUGUCUCAGUCUCAGCCAGAAGGGAGCGCAGGGGAGGGAAAGACCUUGUCUGUUCUGUUACUGGAACACAAAGAGGACCUGAUCCAGUGUGUAACACAGCUCAGACCUAUUGUGGAGUUCCUGGAAACAGCCAAGGAGGAAUUCCUGCCCGUCUCGGAAAAAAGGGUGAUUCUGAACUGCUGUGAGGGCAGAACACCCAAGGAGACGAUAGAGAAUUUGUUGUACAGAAUGACUGAAGAGAAGACCCUGCCUGCCGAGAGCCUGGUAAAAGUCCUCCAGGCUGUGAGAACAGCAUUCCCAAACCUGGGCCUCCUGCUGGAGAAUUUGCAGGAAGUAGCGGAGUCACCUGGCACUACAGGGCUGGCCAGGGUCACCUGUGAGACUGGACAGACAGAGGGGCCCAGAAGGCUGUGCAUUCCAACAGACUGUAUGGAUGGAUCCCACCCUAGCCCUGAGGACUACGGAGCUGAGCUGUUGAGAAAGUACCAUGAAAACCUGUCUGAGGUUCUCACGGACAACCAGGUACUGCUAAAAGUGAUCUCACGUGCGAGGAGCUUGGCCCCUGGAGAGAGAGAGGUUAUGGAGACACUCGUGAAACAGGACUCUGGCUCAGGUGGCUUUAGUUCCCUGAUGUCAGCCGCUCUGGAAAGGCAGACUCUCUCUGCAACAGCCAUUUGGCAGCUGCUGCUAGUGGCUCAAGAGAGCCAGACCUGCCCACUGAACCUUCUCUUGGAGGAAGUAGGAAAGGAGCCUGGCGCUGGGGCUUUCUUCCGGGCAGUGACUGCCCCAGAGAGCACUGUGUUGGAAAUAAUCCUGAGGCAUAGCAAGCUGGUCACAGAGGCCAUCCAGCAGACGAUGGAGCUCAAGCACUUUUCUCCAGAGGAUGAGGCCCUGGCUGAGAUUGUGAAAGAGAUGCUGAGCAUAUCCUCCGAGACAGUGAGCCCUGAAGAGGCCCUGAGAGCAGUGCUGAGCAAGGACAUGGAGAAAUCUGUCUCAGCCUCUGCAAUCUGUCGCUUCCUGUGUGGUGUCCACAAGUCUUUCCCUGGCCUGCAACCCCUCAUGCAGGAGUUGGCACACGUUGGGUUUCUUACCAAGGAAAAUGGAAAGGAGAGGUUGACGGUGAGUGAUAGGUUUCACCCUGGAGCCAAGGACAAAGAGGAGAAAGCAGCCAUCGCAGCCAGCAAAGACUGCCAGCCCAUGGAACAAAAGGAUCAGGGGGAGCCUGGGUCCGUGCCAGAGCAGCAAGAGAAAGACACUUCUGCCUCCCCGGACUCUGCCAAGAAGAGCUUCAUCUGCAAAGCCUGUGACAAGAGCUUCCAUUUCUACUGUCGUCUGAAGGUGCACAUGAAGCGCUGCCGGGUGGCCAAGAGCAAACAGGUGCAGUGCAAGGACAGCAGUGGGACCAAGGACUCGGAGAAGGGGCUGGAGAAGCAGCAGCUGGAGACCCACAGCGUGGGUGGAGAGCCCGACGCCCCCAAGAAGAAGAAGAAGCGGCUGCCUGUGGCAUGUGACCUCUGUGGAAGGGAGUUUGCCCAUGCCUCAGGCAUGCAGUACCACAAGCUGACCGAGCACUUUGACGAGAAACCUUUCUCCUGUGAAGAAUGUGGGGCAAAGUUUGCUGCCAACUCCACCCUAAAGAACCAUCUGCGCCUCCACACUGGGGACCGCCCAUUCAUGUGCAAGCACUGCCUCAUGACCUUCACACAGGCCUCAGCCCUGGCUUACCACACCAAGAAGAAGCACUCAGAAGGGAAAAUGUACGCAUGCCAGUACUGUGAUGCUGUGUUCGCCCAAUCCAUUGAGCUGUCCCGACACGUGAGGACCCACACUGGGGACAAGCCGUAUGUCUGCAGGGACUGUGGAAAGGGCUUCCGGCAAGCCAAUGGCCUCUCCAUCCACCUGCACACCUUUCACAACAUAGAAGAUCCUUAUGACUGCAAGAAAUGCAAGAUGAGUUUCCCCACGCUGCAGGAUCACCGGAAGCAUAUCCAUGAGGUGCACUCCAAAGAAUACCACCCCUGUCCCACGUGUGGGAAGAUCUUCAGCGCCCCUUCCAUGCUGGAGCGGCACAUGGUGACCCAUGUUGGAGGGAAGCCCUUCAGCUGUGGGAUCUGCAACAAGGCCUAUCAGCAAUUGUCUGGUCUCUGGUACCACAAUCGAACCCACCACCCAGAUGUAUUUGCUGCCCAGAACCAUCGGUCACCCAAGUUCUCAUCGCUGCAGUGCAGUUCCUGUGACAAGACCUUUCCUAACACCAUCGAACACAAGAAGCACGUCAAAGCAGAGCAUGCAGAUCUGAAGUUCCACGAGUGUGACCAGUGUAAGGAGCUCUUCCCCACACCAGCUCUGCUGCAGGUUCACAUCAAGUGCCAGCAUUCAGGGUCGCAGCCAUUCCGGUGCUUGUACUGUGCGGCUACUUUCCGCUUUCCUGGAGCACUGCAGCACCAUGUCUCCACAGAGCACUUCAAGCAGUCAGAGAGCACCUUCCCCUGCGAGCUCUGUGGUGAGCUCUUCACUUCCCAGGCUCAGCUUGAUGGCCACUUGGAGUCUGAGCACCCCAAGGUAAUGGGCACUGAGACCCAGGCAGCCAGCUCUCAGAUGGUGCAGGUGAUCCAAGCUCCAGAGCCAGCAGCCCCAGCCGAGCAGGUGAUCACGUUAGAGGAGACGCAACUUGCUGGCUCACAGGUGUUUGUGACCUUGCCAGAUUCACAGGCCUCUCAGAGCAGCUCUGAGCUUGUGGCAGUGACGGUGGAGGAUCUGCUGGAUGGUACUGUCACCCUGAUAUGUGGUGAGGCCAAAUGAAUGGCUGCUCCUCCAGUAGCGGGGGACUGGACUGGAUCGCAGAGGAAGCUCACAGCCUGCCUGCCUCUGCUCUAGCUGCUGUCCCAAGUGGUGAGCUGUUGGACUCAGCUCCACCCUGGUGCUCUCCCUUGGAAGUCAGAGGCUUCGUCAUUGUCCUAGGACACAGUGUCUGAGCCAUCCACUCUGACGCCAGCACUACCGCCUUCGUGGCAGACAGCCUCAAUUCUCCAGGCUGCAGCUCAGGCCUAGAUUCCACCGACCCCCCAGGGAAGUCUGGCUUCUGAAAUGACAGUCUGAAGAGUAGUGGAUGGGAACUGGUGGCCAAGGUGGCCGAGGAGAUACAGCGUGCUGGGUAGCCUCAAGAGCAGGGGAGUUACCUGCGUCUGAGCCCACAGAGGGCCUGCAGACACUGCCAGUGCCUCUGCACUAAAGCACCAACAGCCUCCAGGGACAUCAGCUCAGCAGCUUGCCCUUCCCACUUCCCCCAUCCUCUCCUCGGCUCAGGUGCCCCUCAGAGUUUGGCUGUAAAGCAGGUGCCAAUGUUAACAACACAGGAAGCUCUUGUUGCCAUUCCGGAUCCCUCCAGCUCUGACCUUCCCAAAACAAAGCUUUGGAGCAUUGCUGUGGGAGGCACCUUCGCUGAGGCCAUCCAGCUGCGCCUGCUUUUUUGGAUGUUCUUUGUUGCAUUCCUUAUGGAGAGCGACCCUGUGAUCACAGGCCUUCCAUGCCUUCCAGUAAUCAAGGCUGAAACCUUUCCUCAGCCUGGAGACCUCUUGCUGGCUUCCUCUGGAGCAUGUGAUAAAAUGACCCAGCUCCUGGGGGCAGGCCUGUGCCUGCAUGUGGGGGAUGAGAAGUAUCCGAGGUGGCCUCUGUCUCUGCCACUGGCCCACCUGCCUGGUGCAUGCCCUGCUCUCUGGGCUCCCCCUGGCUGCAUGCUCACUGCAGAUCGGUGCUCCAUUCAAGUCUGAGCGUCACAGAGCCUUUUAUCUUUAGAUCCUGAGCUACAGUCUGGUAAUUGAUGGCUCAUGGAAUCCGGUUGGAAGUGCAAUUAGAUGGAUGUUGGUUCCUGCUGCUUACAGAGAGGGUUUGCAUUUAUCUUCCUUUCCUGGAAGCCCAAAGAUAGAAGUGGGGCUAUCACAGCUUUUGCCCAUCAGGCAGGGCUCCCUGCCACCUAGUGUGGCUUGACUCCCUACACAGGGGAAUGCCCUGAUUUGGUCACUUGCCUUUAAGCCACCUGCUAUCAGAGAUAAGCCCGCACAAGUGCAACUCACAUGACCAUGUGCAGAGAUGAAGGUCAAGUCUUGUUAUGGUGUAGGUGCAUUGCCACCAUCCCUGCACCUGGCUCACUGCGGAGGCCAGGAGGUAGCAAUUUAACUACAGCAGUGUUCAGUGCCACCAUCCCUGCACCUGGCUCACUGCGGAGGACAGGACGUAGCAGUUUAACCUACAGCAGUCAGUGUUUCAAGGGCUGCCCCUACACUGGGCACAGGCAGCCCAGGUGAGUUUCCAAGCUGGAUUCCAGCUCUGGCCAGCCUGUCCCAGUCAAGCCCAUCCUCAUUUUAUAUGCAGGCUGCUUGAAUUUAUUUGCUAAGGAAUCUUUCCCCUUCUAAAGUAAAUGUUUUGCAAAGCCAUUCAGCCUCAGAAACCAAACACUGACCAGAAGAUGGUGCUCAAACAUCAAGACAUCACCUCCCUGAAAGCUCAGUGUUCCUACACUGCGGCCCUGGCCUGCUGGCUUUCAGACCUGUGGCAGCUGACCAGGGGAACUCUUGAUCUGUAAGUGGUGUGCCAGUCCCUCCACGUCAGUAGCCCACUGAAAGACAGUGGGUGGCACAUGCUUCCAGCCUGUCAGGAACAGCAGUUCAAAAUAAUACAUCCUGAGAUCCUAUGAGGGGAGGUCAGCCUGAAUACCCAAAGCCGGAAGUUAGAGGCCUGAGUGCCAGGCCCUGCCCGGCCUGAAAAAGCCAAUCUCAGGUUUCCUGGGGACCCAGGUGGUGCUCGGGCACACGCUCCCUUCAGUCACCAGAUGUGUCUGCCGCAGAGAGCCGUAGGGCAGGUAGGCUUGCUGCCCAUCCUUGGGUGCACAGCUCUGGUGCACAUAACCACAGCGCUGGAUCUCACCUGUCCUCAGCGAGUUCUGGUGACUGAUGGCCUCUGCUUCAGCUGCCUGACUUUUUAUAGUGACUCCGAAGAAGCCUGGGGAAGGUCUGCCGCUGCUGCCCCAGAGAUCUGAACUACCGCAGAGGGCAUUGUUAAUGGGCCUCUUUGUCCACAUUGCUUUUACAAUGGAACUGUGGUUCCAUUUGCUUCCUCCCCAUGAAUAUGUCUGCCUGGCCCUUGGGCAGCAGCCAGAGGAGUCUCCAGGUUCCUUGGGAUUUGUAUAUUUGAGCCAUGGGGCACCAGUCCUCCCCAGGGCUCCUGAUUCAGCCACUGAAGAGGAGAAGGUGGAUAGAUGCCAAGCUGGAGUCUGGUUGGUCCGUCACCAGUGCAUGAACAGCAAGCAGGUGACUGAGGAGCAGAGACCACUGUGAGCAUUUUGGCCAGUGUAACAAAGGUCUUUCUCAGCUAUUUUAUAAACUGACUCUUCUGCCUCCAAAGCUCUUUAUUGGAAAAGCUCUGAGUUCAGUCAGUACUCAAGUCUGUGGCCUAAGCUCUAGGCCUGUGUGCUGUGCUGCCCAGUCGAAGGAAGCCUCUGGCCCCUGCUGACCACAGGGGUGAUACCUCAGCCUUGUUCCUAGAGUCUGAGCUCCAAUGUUCAGGGCUGAGGACUCAGAUGAGGGACAGACAUGCCAAAUAAGGGGGAAAGAUCUCUAUUCUCUUGGGGAUGGGCGUGUCUUUAAAUCUCAUGUGCCUGAGAACCUGUACUGACAAAGGAUGGAGAUACUGACAUGACAGCCUCACUUAGAACAGGCAAGUGCUUCUAAGGGACAGGAGUAUUUCUUGUGGAGCUAGAAAGUUGGCCAGUGGUGGCUAUGACACUGGUUUGCUCCAGUGAGCUCUCCCAGCCUAGCCCUGUGCUGCAGCACCCUGUGUGUCCCAUCAGGUACUGGGAGCCUGGAAGAAAAGUGAAAGACAUGGGGCCAAGGGAGUCAGAGGCAGGUUAAUAGUUUUGUUGCUAUGGAAACUCUGGGGGCACUGAGGACUUAUGCUAAAAACUCAGAAAGAAACUCAAACUUAUUCCAGUCUAACUGGGCCUAUGAAGAAAGAGAGCAGUGCAUUCUUUGGGGACUAUGUUGAGGAAACCAUUCCUUGGGCUGAUUUACAUGGCCUCCAAGUUGUAACAAUGGUCAUGGUUUCCCUGAGCAAAGCCACCCAUGACCAGGACAACCAGCCCCAUGAGAUGUGUAAACUGGAUGGCAAACAUCUCCACUCAACAUGCACUGUGCUUACAAAUAAAGUCUGU